UCGAAGCAGCUUCGAUCGCGUCGACGAGCCGCGUAUCGUUAGUUAGACUGGCUCUUACUUAAAAGAUCAAUAAAUACAACGCAAAUUUGAAAGUAUUUUCAUAACCAGACAGUGGAGGUUUUAAUCCGCAUGUGUCCGGUUGUGAGGCGUGUAUGAAGAAGAUCAUGCGGUAACUCAGCCAGCCGCUAAAUUAGCUCACUAGCUACCCGGCUAGUUAGCAGCUAAGCUACGCUAAAGGGAACCAGCUGUUUUGAACGUAUGGCGUCCACAUUCAAGAUACCAAAGAGGAAACAGCCGGCAGGCGACGACACCACCCACAUGCAGUCGCCUCUGUCCCGCCUGCAGAACUCCGCUGCAGACAUUCAGAGCUCCUGGGGUCGGUCUAGCAGAGGUGGCGCUGACGUAAUGCAUGCUGGGAACUCGGCUGGGGGCAGACAGAGCAGCCUGUAUAAGCCUCCGUUUGGCCGUGUGGUCCGAACACUCCUGCGACUCAACAGCCCAGGCCGAGUCCCCUCAGCAGCCAAUCAUAGUGCAGAUUAUCACUCUGCAAAAAGCACAUGGAACCGCCAGUUACAGCCAGGACACAGGGUGCAGAGUGAAAUGGCCGCCUCCUGUUGGUCGAACAGAUGGCGACCUAAGAGAGCGUCAGACCGGCUGCUGGAGCCCGGCGUGACCUCACAGUGUCUUCCUUCAACCAGCACAAUUGAUUCUUACAAGUCAAACAAAAGCAUCUGUGUCCAGGCUGUGGACUCUCUGGCAGAGCUGCGAGGCAAAGAGCAUGAUGGGAGUUUGAGGAACAACCCACAGAGGUGGGCGGAGCCCAGCAGGAAGAAACAGGACAGUGCUGAGUGUGACAGAAGAUCCCCAGAAGCUCCUCAGGAACAGCUGAAGAAGAAUUCUUUUGCUGCUUCCAGUUCAGAUCAGAACUCGGACGAUGACUUUGUUUCUCCAGCCCGCGCCAGAAAUCAAACCUCAGCAGACAAAAAUGCUCAAUCUGCUGCCGCCAAACCCUCGUCGCUCUCAUCCCCAAGUUCAAAGGUCAAGCUAAAGAGAACGUCGUGGCUCGCUGCCAACCCGCGGGACGAUCCGACAGAGAAGAAGCGAGAGAACUGGAAGGAGUUCAGAGACAGGAAGCAGAGGACUGGAACUACAUCACUGCAUCUGAGACUCAGACUGAGACACAAAUCGACGGCAUCAGAGCCCAUUGUUGUCUUGUCAAGCGAGGAGGAAGACGACUCUGAAAGCGAGGAAAAGUCAGAAAUUAACCGAGUGAACAACAACUCCCUUCUGGAAAAUUCCACACCAAAGAAGAUGAAGGUGAGUUCUUCCAGAGCAGAGACAGAUGAGCCGCCGCUGCCACCUUCAUUCCUUCAGUUGGACUUCGAUUCACUUCACAUGGGCCUUAUGAAUGCUAACGCUAACGGGAAGAUGAUGAUCACAGAAAACGGCAUCACGAUCCCCCUCAAAGGAGCUGAAGAAGGGGAGGUCUGUGUGGUGGCGCCUCAGGUUCGAGGUUAUGGCUUGUGGGAUGGAGGUGUGGCUCACGGUGGCACUCUGCUGGCACACUGGGAAGGCCCCGCCUCGUCGCUGCUUUUCCUGUGGGUGACAGAGGAGCAGGCCAACGUGCUGCAUAGAGAGCUGCUGGCCAUCCGGCCCCCUGACACGGCUGUCCCGCCGUGCUCCUUCCUCCUGCUGGUGUUGAAGGAGCAGCUGCAGGAGCUGCAUUCCGCCCUGCUGGCCUCCAUCUUGGACAUGGAGGGAUACAUCAGAGGACGCGCCUCCUCCUCCGUCUCCUCACCUAUUGACUGGACUGAUGGACUGCUCCUCUUUCACAGCUGUCCUCCUCCGCUGGAUCAGCACCUCCUCAGCUUGCUGGGACACUCGGUGGAGAAACCCAAACACACCAGAACCAGCAGCAGAAACAAAAUGUCCAGCGUCAGCGCCGCAGCUCUGCAGCAGCUUCCCAGCAGGUUGAUCCAGUAUCCCGCAGCACCGUGUAAGGGCCGCAUCACCGUGACAAAGGAGGACCUGGCCUGUAUGGACGCCGGCGAGUUCCUUAAUGAUGUCAUCAUCGACUUCUACCUCAAGUACCUUCUCCUCGAAGGGGUAGGUGGCGCUGUGGCUGAGCGGAGUCACAUCUUCAGCAGUUUCUUCUUUAAACAGCUGAGCAGAAAGCGAGCUGCCGGUGAAGAUGACUCCCCUUUAGUUUCUGAUUGCCACAUAAGGCAUCAGCGAGUGAAGACCUGGACCCGUCACAUCGACAUUUUCACCAAAGACUUCCUGUUUGUGCCUGUGAAUCAAGCUUCUCACUGGUACCUGGUUGUGAUCUGCUUCCCGGGACUGGAGGAGGUUCAGCACGAGGCCCGGCGCAGACGGACAGGCGUAGGAGCAGAUCACAGAUCCCAGCAGCCACCGGAGUGCACUGACCAGGGCUGUCAGCGGGAUUCUGUGAUGAAGAGGCCAUGCAUCCUCGUCAUGGAUUCGCUAAAGCUGUCGAGCCAUGAGAAUGUCUGUAAACUGCUACGAGACUACCUGCAGGUGGAGUGGGAGGUCCGUAGGGGCACGCCCCGCCUCUUCACACACUCCACCAUGGAGAACAUGAACUGCAGAGUCCCCCUGCAGGACAACAGCAGCGACUGCGGCCUGUACCUGCUGCAGUACGUGGAGAGCUUCCUGCAGAACCCUGUGGUGCACUUUGGGUUCCCAGUGCGCUUGGAGAGCUGGUUUCCACAGCAACAGGUGCGAAAGAAGAGGGAGGCGAUCAGGAGCCUGAUUUUAAAAAUGCAUCACGAUCAGCAUAAAGACGACGACGACAUGCGGCCACCUUGACCCACGAGCAAAACCAUCACAACAUGAAAAUAUCUGUGCAAUAGUUUAUUUAUUCUAUUUUUCUACGACAUGAUCAUAACAUAGAAUUAGCAAAAUAAAACAUUCUUUCUUAAAAA